AUGACCGAACCAACCGCCCCCGUCGAAGCCAACCCGCCGGCAUCCACACAGCCUGCAGCAUCUGAAUCUCACGCUCACUCUUACUCUUACUCCCACCCCCGAAUCACAAUCCAGUACUGCACGCAAUGCAAAUGGAUGCUUCGGGCUGCUUAUUUCGCCCAAGAACUCCUCUCUACAUUUAACACAGAUAUCGGCGAGAUCGCACUGGUUCCGCGCACGGGGGGUGUUUUCACUGUUACUAUUUUCCCUACUACCAGUACUGCCGCAGAAGGUGGCGAUGGGACGAUCCUCUGGGAUCGGAAGACGGAUGGGGGGUUUCCUGAGGUGAAGGAGUUGAAAUCACGCGUGCGGAAUGUGAUUGACCCGACGAGGAAUCUGGGGCAUACGGACCGGGCGUUGAAGAAGGGUGCGGAAACUGCUGAGGCUGCGACUGCGACUACAUCUACACCUACGUCUACGCCUGCAGUGUCUGGAAAGGGUGCGGAGUGUGAAGAUUGCAAGUAG